AGAUUUCUGAUAUUAUCGGCAAUUUUGCGAGAUAAUUUUAGAAAUCGGAUAAUUUCGUGAACAAUUUCUUUUUAUUGAUAUCUUUAUCUUGAAGAUAAAAAGAUACCUUUCUAAUUUUUUUUUAAUAUCAAAACAUGAAUUAUGUAGAAUAUUUGUAAAUUUCUAGUUUCCGUAGAUAUGACGUCACAUGUGAUUGGUAAAAGCAAAACAUUGAUCAUCUUACUGCAGUCAACAAUUUAGUGACGUUUGACAGCCCUGUUUAAGAUAUUUUCAGAUAGAUAAUGGGAGGAGCAGUGAGUACGGGUGAGGACAAUGACGAAUUAGUCGACAACCUGGUGGAUGCAGAGUACAUAAAAUCCUCUCAUGUGGAGAAGGCAUUCCGUGCUGUGGAUAGAGCAAAUUACUACCUGCCUGAACACAGGGGCAAUGCCUACAAAGACUUGGCAUGGAAACAUGGACACCUGCAUCUGUCGGCUCCCUGCAUAUACUCGGAGGUGAUGGAAUGUCUGGAUCUAAAGCCCGGGUUGUCUUUCCUGAACCUAGGUAGUGGGACGGGCUAUCUCAGCACAAUGGUGGGCCUGAUACUAGGUCCCUAUGGAAUAAAUCAUGGUAUUGAGCUGUAUUCGGAUGUGGUGGAAUAUGCACAAGAUAGGCUGCGAGAGUUUGCACAUAAGUGUAACAACUACGAUGCGUUUGAUUUCUGCCCACCAUCCUUUGUGGCGGGGAACUGUCUCCAGCUUUCUUCCAGUUGUAACAUGUAUGACCGGGUCUACUGUGGAGCCUCCUGCCCACCAGAACAUGAAAAUUACAUGAAGAAUCUAAUCAAUGUUGGAGGAAUCCUCGUCAUGCCACUCAAUGACCAGUUGGUAUGCAUCAGUCGAACUUCGGAGACCGUGUGGAGUUCCAAGAGUGUGAUGUCUGUCUCAUUUGCUACUCUGAUCAGCCCAACAAACACCGAGAACAUAGAUGCUGUUGAACUUCCUGAAGUUCAUAUACCGGGACUCCAGGAUCUAUGCCGUGUGGAUAUUCGGAGAAUAAUUCGGAAGACCAUAUAUGAUGAACACCCAGAUUUAAAAACGAUUAAGAAGAGGAAACCCAAGAAACCAAAAAAAAGAUAUUGCAGACGCAGACCAAAGAAGAUGGAUGUACUGCCCGUGAACAUGGGAAUGAUGAUUUUGAAUGGUUUUGAUGAAAGCGAUGAAAGUGACAUGGAGAAUGAAGACCUCGGAGAAAUAUAUGACAGCAGUGAUGAAAUAGAAGAGGACUCGGCAGUAGAUGGAGUGUCUGAUGAGGAGUGCGAGUCAGAGACUCAAGCUUCCGAGAAAGAUAAAAUCUCUAAGACAAAAAAGAAUGGAAGACGUGCAAAAACGGACAGUGAAGAAGAGCACACAGAGCCAAGGAGAAGAAGAAUGGACAGACACAACUUUUCUGACAGAUCUUUGAUUCUUGCCAGCAGGUUGCUGGAAGUGAUGAACCAUGCAAGGUCGUCCUCAUCCAAUCAAGGAUCGUCGUCUGCAUCUGCCAUGGAGGAUUUGAAAGAGGAAGAGCCCUCUGUAUCAGUAGAGAGAGACACUGAUCUGUAUGAGGAUGAUGGUGAGAUUUUUCAUACAGACCAUGAUUUGGAGAGUGAUAUGGGAAACAAGACUGAGACAAAAAAUCCACCAGAAAUUGAAAAACAAAGUGAUGAUAAGCAAGCAAGAAAUGACACAGAAGAAAAUUCCUCUUUGCCAAAUGAAGAUGAUUAUAGAUCAUCUGUGAUAUCCUCAGACUCUGAAGUGGAAAAUGAUGAUGUGUUGGCGGGCAUAAAUUCUAAUUUUGCUAUGGUAGAGAGAAAGCAGAGAUGUAUCUCUCAGACCAGUGUGGACACCACGGCCACCUCCGGCAUAGGUUCUCUGUCAGAGGCCUCGGCCCUGGAGGAAAACAUGGAAUCUGAAAUGACAGGAAGUCCAAGUGAGAAGCUGUCUCCAUGCAGUAGUAGUCAGGAGAGUGGUCAGGUUGGUCCAGUAGUAGACAGCGAGUCCGAUCCCGAGUCUAAUACAUUGCCUCCAGCUGAGGACCUACUUAAGAAGUACAUGGUGGAGAAGAUAUACACUCUUCCUCUACCGGAGGCUUUGAAGUUAUACCUUAUGUAUUAUAGAAACUAAGGAAAACAGUCUCACAUGCAAACACUUUAAUAUGUGCCACAGAAAGGUUUAUGGACACAAUAAGCACCUGUUGUUUCACCAGUGGAUUUAUGUAUUCCUGGAAUUAUUGUUACCAAUGCACAGAAAUAUUAAUAUAUGUAUAUUUUUAUGUCAGCUCAUGUGAGCUUUUCUGAUCAAAGUUUUCCCACUGUCUGUACUGGGCCAAGAUUGGGUCCUUCUUGGACUGCAUAUUUUAGAUAGAAUAAAAAAAAGAGGGAGGGGGGGUGUCUUUAAAAAUCUUCUGCAUUUGUCAAGAAGAAUAUUUUAGAUAGAAUAAAAAAAAGAGGGAGGGGGGAUCUUUAAAAAUCUUCUGCAUUUGUCAAGAAGAAUUGAUAUUCAACCAUAUAAUGUUGUGCAGUUGUAAAAAUAGUUUGAAUUCCUGGUUGGUUUACAGUGAGGCCCACUGGUUUUCUUGUGUGAAUCUAUUAGGUAAAGUCUUGAUAUUUCCAAGGCAAUGUUUGUAAAAGUAAUGCAUAUAUGAAAGACAAAUAUCCUGUUGUAUUUUUUUUUUUUUUUUGGUUGUCCAUUUUUAGAUUUGUAUUUAUGUUGGAUCACAGUCCUUAUUUUUGAAGGAUUACUUGGGCGAGUGUUGUGGCCCAUGGUUCUUGUAUUUGAUUAUCUAUUUCUUUGUUAAGCCUUAGUGAAGCUAUUGGAAAAGUAAAUUAAAUGUAUAUACUUGUUUGAUAUCUUGCUUUUAGGUGAAACCCAAUGCCUGUGUUGCUAGAUCUAUAGAUCUAUGUUUGUGCAUUUGAUGCAGUUUCUCAUAAACCCUCUCAGGUUUUUGUUGUCUUGCAUGCAUUUCUGUUGAUUCAUUACAAAAUUAUGUGUUGAGAGAGAGAGAGAUCGAGAUCGAGAGAUCUAUGUCUGAGCUUUAUUUCUAUGUGUGAAAUAGAGUAUUUUGUAUUUCUUUUGACUUUGGAUUCUUUGUAACAUUUUGCAUUACAUGUAAUUGUGUUGGUACUGGGAAUUUAAGGACAGACAGGACUGGCUUGAAAAGAAAUUAUUUGUUGAUAAUUUAAUUUUUCUUAUCGUUGGUAAAAUCGUAGUAUAGUGCACCCUUUUAAAAUACAAGUAUGUCCAAGUCAUGGAGUUCUUAUCAAUGUAUGGAGUUGCAUGCAUGUUAGAGUUACCUCCCCUAAAAAUCAUUGAAAACUGAUCAAAAUUUCAUUGGCCUGUUUACAAUGUAACUUUCUAUAAUAAAAUUAAUUUCCUUCUGAAAUGCACAUGAACUAUAGGGAAUGGAUAUCCUUCAAGACUUUUUAAAUACUUUUUCAGAUAUUGUAGUUUAGACAGAAAUAUGGUGAAAGAUGCUUGAAAAUAUUCGUUUUCACUAUUGUUGCAUGUUUGUCUGAUUUUAUUAAAAAAAAACCUUAAUUGAAAUAUUUCUAUAUAUUUGAUAUGCCAUAGCAAUAUAAAGUACUCAGUUUUGAACUCUGGCGACAUUGUACUUUGUGCACCCUCACUAUCUUAACUGCCUGAACUCAUCAUACAUAUGUAAAUGGUAUUUUAAAUGCCUUUCAGAGUUUGAAGAUUCGGAAGAGCUAUACAAAUCAAAUUUGUUGUGAAUAUUUCAUCAGAGCCAAAGGAAGACUGGGUUCAAAGAAAAUAAAUAUCCUGUCCCAACAAUUUUUUUAAUUCACUUGGGUUUUAGAGCUUUGUCACUGUGACUAAUAGAAUCCUUCAUUAGUACAAGUGUGGGAUAGGGAAAUUCCAUCGUGGGGACAAGAUUCGCUGUCAAGGACGAGGCUUUGGCAAGUCCUAGACCGCAAAUCUUAUUCCAGAGGUGGAAUUUCCUUAUCCAAUACGAGUAAUAAUGAAGGAUUAUUUUACUUCAUCGUGUAACGUAAAUCAUAGAAAAUACAUGACGUCACAAUCAAAUGACGUCGCAGCAGUGUGAGACAGAAAAAUCUCACAUGGGCAAAGUCGAUCUCGCACUGUUGAUAAUGUGAGAAAUCACAAUAUACCGGACCAAGAGCCUACUACAAGAUAUACAUGUAGCUAAUUAGUUUAGUAGGCUAUGACAUAAAGACAGCCAUUAUUAUGACGUGGAGUCUUUGAUAUGAACGAAAAGUCUCUGAUAUAUUUCAAUCACAUUAUCAGUGUCCUGCCUAUCCUUAAACUCUGGGCAUGUGCCAUUAUCAGUUUGAUUUGUACAAAGACGGAUUGGUUUACUAUGAAGGAUAAGUUGAGAUUUGAAAUUGUCCAUGUGUGUACGGAUGCAUGCAAAGAUUUCUUACUAUGUCAUUUUCGGCCAGAAUGUAUGAUUACUAUUCAAAGAAAAUAUAAAUAAAACGCUUUCUGCAAAGAAUUUUUCAGUGAAUUUGAAAUUUUGGCAAUUUGCAUUGAAACUCUAAAGGUUGAUGAUGAAGGAAAACAAGUAGUAAUUAAGAGCUAAGAUCCUCACUAUUCCAAUAGAGCUGAAAGUGAACUCUGUGGUUACAACACUUAAAACAGGACUCUCUUUUGUGAUGGAAAACUGACCAUUUAGUAUUUACCCUGUGAAAAUGAAAUUUCAAAGGCUAUUUCAUACAAUGCUUUAUUCAUUUUUGUUGAAGGGGGUGGGGUUGGGUUGUUGUUUGCCAAUAUCAAUAUUUUGUGCAACACAUUGAGUAACAAUGUCUUUGCAUGUAUUAGAGAUAGAAUGUCCAUGUUGCUACUGCGACAUUACAUCUUUUGCCUGCAUUGCCAAGCUUAGGAGCCACUCAGUCCGUCUGACACACUCAGAGUACCUAAUGUUAAUAAGAUAAGAUAAGUUUAUUCCAAUUUUGAGCCCAGAGGGCAUAACAGUAAAACAUUUUAUAAAGAAGGAAAUUCAAA